AUGGGUCGGACACCAGCAAAAAGAAGAAUUGAACAGGUCGACCUCACUGGUGAUGAUGAUGAGAGAUCUCCUCGCAACCUGCCAUCCAAGUCUCCUCGUACCGGCAAUGGCGAGCGGCUUGGACAAGACACGACCUUCAUGCCCCUCAACCAGUCAUCGCAGGUUUAUGGAGGCGAAGAUGAAGACGAUGCACAGGCGGCAGAUUUGAUUCAAGGCAGUCAAGUUGUCGACGAUUCAUCGAUCGGAACUUAUAUACAUUAUGGGGACAUGCCAACUAAGAUCGUGGGUCACGUCAGAAUCCAGCGAGAUAUUGGGAAUGCUUACGACUCAAAUGCCAUCCGCGUGAGCAAUGUUAUGGGAGCACAGAUUGGGCAUAUUCCGCGGACGAUGGCAGCCAAGCUGGCCAAGUACAUGGAUGACAGGUCAUUAAUGGUCGAAGGCGUUCUGACGGGCGUGAUAGGUGCAUAUGACUGCCCGAUAUCUCUGAAGCUGUUCGGCACGGGCCAUCCUGAAGCCAGACAGGUGCUGAAAAGCAGGAUGGAAGCCGAUAAGCUGCCACUGGGCGCGUUCAAGCAGAACGAGCGCAACGAGAAAAAGCUGCAGAAGGAACGAGAGAAGGCGCAGAAGGAUGCGGCUAAACUGGCGCGUUCACUUGCGAAGGGCAAAGGCCAGCAGUGGCAAGCUCAGAACGUGUUUGGUUAUUCCAACCUCUUCACUGGGGAAGGGCUAGCGGAAGGCGAGGACCUUGAAGAGCUCAUUGGCCAGAGCAGCACCUUCAAUCCCCGGGAUAUUGGCCAGGUUGCGGAAGACUUUAGGAUGAAGGAAUCGGACUUGGAGAAUAUGCCGAUGGCUGAGACGCCAGUGGCUCUGGCAACCCAACUUCUUCCUUACCAGCGCCAGGAGAAUCCAAGUCUUCCUGGCGAUGGCGGGGAUGUUGUGCAGCUCUGGAAAAAGAAUGGCAACAAAUACACCAACAUUGCUACCAAUUAUUCCAUGUCCCAGGCGCCACCCUUGGCUAGUGGUGGUAUAUUGGCCGAUGACAUGGGAUUGGGCAAGACCAUUCAAAUCAUCUCGUUGAUACUGGCCAACUCCCAGCCCAAGUCUCCGGAAUCCUCCAGCACUACGUUGAUCGUGUCCCCGGUCGGUGUGAUGAGCAAUUGGAGAAAUCAGGCGCGAGAUCAUAUCCAUAGUGACAAGGCUCCCAAGGUGCUAAUCUACCAUGGUCAAGGCAAAAAGGAAGCAAGCAACCUUGACUACUAUGGUGCUCUGGCCAUGGAGUACAGCCCGAAUGCUAAAGACCUGUACUCUCAGGUGCGCUUCUUGAGACUCAGUGGCGGUCUCGAAGAUCUGGCUGUCUUCAACAGCGUCUUGAUCCGGCCUCUCGUGUCUGGAGACCCCGAUUCCCGCCUGCUACUUCAAGCUUUGAUGACCACUAUCUGCCUGCGUCGCAGAAAAGACAUGAACUUCGUGAACCUGCGUUUGCCACCCCUCACCUCGCGUAUUCUCCGCGUUAAGUUCCACCCUCACGAGCAGGAGAAAUACGAUAUGUUCCAGGCUGAGGCGAAGGGGAUGCUUCUGAAUUUCAAGUCCAAAGACAAAACCAAUGCUACGUACUCUCACCUGCUUGAGGUCAUUCUGCGCCUGCGCCAGGUCUGCAACCACUGGGCACUCUGCAAGAACCGACUCGACAAACUCGCCGACCUCCUGGAAAACAACAAAAUCGUUCCUUUGACUCCCGAAAAUAUCAAAGCCCUUCAGGACUUGCUACAAAUCCGAAUCGAAAGCCAGGACACAUGUCCCAUCUGUCUGGACAACCUCGAACAACCCGUGAUCACAGCCUGUGCCCACGCCUUCGACUGCGGCUGCAUCGAGCAAGUCAUUGAGCGCCAGCACAAAUGUCCCAUGUGUCGAGCUGAGAUCCAAGACACUUCCACACUUGUCUCCCCGACUGUCGAAAUGGGCGAAAGCAUCGACACCGUCGUUGCGGACCCGGACAACCCAAGCAGCAAAAUCGAAGCCCUGAUCAAGAUCCUAACAGCCCAAGGCCAAGCCCCCGGAACCAAAACCGUCGUCUUCAGUCAAUGGACUUCCUUCCUCAACCUCAUUGAGCCUCACCUGCAGCGCCACGGCAUCGGAUUCGCCCGCAUUGACGGAAAAAUGACAUCCAUUAACCGCGACAACUCCACCCUCCGCUUCUCCACAGAUCCCACCUGCACCGUCCUCCUCGCCAGCUUGAGCGUCUGCAGUGUCGGCCUGAACCUCGUUGCCGCCAAUCAAGCCGUCUUAGCGGAUAGCUGGUGGGCCCCAGCCAUCGAAGACCAAGCCGUCGACCGCGUCUACCGACUCGGUCAGAAACGCGAAACCACCGAUCGUGUCCUGGCCGUCCAGGAAAACAAGCGCAAGCUGAUGCUUGAAGCAUUUCGGGAGACGGCUACGAAGAAAAAAGUCGACGAUCGAGCAACUCGGGUUGCGGAUCUGGAGAAACUUCUCAACUAA